UAAUCGUCAUUUCAAUCUCGUAACAAUCAACUUCCUGUCUCGGUUCCGCCAGCGUGGCAAGGAGACAGAGAGAUUUCAUCGAAACAUAGCACAGGGGAGGACUUCCCAGACCUUUGCCAGUUGCCUUUACCGACCACACAGCGGAUUCGGAGUUAACGCCGCUAAACAGUAAACGGUCACCAGUGUUUCCAUUACCACCGUUCCUUUCUUUAUCUUCGUUGGCUCACUUACCAAAAGGUCCACGGACUCUCUCUUCCUCUCUGUCUGGCGAGCUCUCGGAAUCUCGCCGGAGAAUCUCACUUGGUUGCCCGAAACGCCGUGGAUUGCGACUUCUUGAAAUUACAGCGGAGCCAAAGAGGAGAGGAGAAGGAGAGAAGGAGAGAAUUGUGAUGGUAUAAAAGAAUAACUUAUAAAAUAGGAGGCGAGGUGGGGGUUGGGGGUGGUGGUUAACGUGCAAUGCAGGAAAAGGAAGCAUCGAAGCUUUGGAGAAUCUUACACGGCACAGAUACUUAGAUGAUCCCCUUCCUUAAGCCUCUUGCCUUAUGCCGUAAUUUAUUCCAUUCUCUGUCGCAUUCCGACCUAGUUUUUUCAAAAACCUAUGUCCCUCCCCGCUGUACAUAAAUAUCUUCCUCCUCGAAUUUUUGCUACUCCAAUUCCGGUGUGAAAAAUAUUUUCUUCAGCUCUUGAAUUCUGGUCGCAAUUUGAUGCGUUUGGGUGAAUUUUUUUUCCCGAUCCUUUUGAAUGCUGCUGCUCUUCGAAGUUCAACCAUUAGAUUUUAAUUCGAGCUUGCGGCUAGUUGUGGAGGUAAACUGUACCAUCGGAUGUUGAAUUCUGUGUGUUUAGCUCGGGUUUUUUUUUCGCUCUUUUGUUGGAGGGAGAAUUUUGAACUACAUAUAGAGCCAUAAAUUUGGUUGUCAGCACGGAGGUGGAGAUUUUCUUUUGAAGGCGUUUCUUUAUUUGGAAGGUUUUACCACUCUUAGUUAUCGCAAUGCCAUCUGAAAUAAUGGACCUACCUGACUUUUCAUCAUCAUCCUCGUACUUCUCAGAUGAUUUAUGUUUUCCCAACGAGAGAAAGUUUGGUUUAUGGAAGUCAGAUAACAUGCGUGGUGGCUUUGCCGUGGGAGCAGGGAGAGCAUCCAGUCAUUCAGCAAGUUUGAAUGUACAGCCGGCAUCUUAUGCUAUAGAAAGCAACAGGGGUAGUAUGGUGGGUACUCAGUAUGAGAGCAGUCUCUUCUCAAGUUCGUUGUCGGAGUUAUUCAAUGGGAAGUUGAGAUUAUCAUCAAACCAUGCUCUAUAUGGCCAUUCUGUUGAUACUGUUGCCUCCCAUUAUGAGGAAGAGGAACCUUUUGAAUCCCUUGAAGAAAUUGAGGCCCAAACCAUUGGAAACCUCUUGCCUGAUUAUGAUGACUUUCUUUCUGGAGUGACUGAUGGGCUUGACUGUAUUGUCCAGCCCAGUGGUGGGGAUGAUGUGGAGGAGUUAGAUCUUUUUAGCAGUGUCGGGGGAAUGGAAUUGGGAGAUGAUUGUUCAUCUGAUGGACAAAAUAAUUCUGACUUCCCUGGGGGAGUUUCUAAUGGUCAGCCAGGGGAAUCAAAUGGUUCAGUAGCUGCUGAACACCCUUCCAGGACGUUGUUUGUUAGAAAUAUAAAUGGCAAUCUUGAAGACUCCGAAUUGAAGACCCUUUUCGAGCAAUAUGGAGAUAUUCGCACUCUUUAUACAGCUUGCAAGCAUCGUGGUUUUGUUAUGAUCUCCUAUUAUGACAUUAGAGCAGCCCGAAAUGCAAUGAAAGCACUCCAUAACAGACCAGUGAGGCGUAGGAAGCUUGACAUCCAUUACUUGCUUCCAAAGGAUAACCCUUCUGAAAAAGAUAUAGAUAAGGGCACUCUUGUGGUAUUUAACCUUGAUUCCUCUGUUUCGAAUGAUGACCUUCAUCAGAUUUUUUGUGCCUAUGGAGAAAUCAAGGAGAUUCGGGAAUCCCCACAAAGAAGUCUCCACAAGUUUAUUGAAUUUUAUGAUGUAAGAGCUGCAGAGGCUGCUCUUCAUGCAUUAAACAAGAGUGAUAUUGCAGGGAGACGGAUUAAGCUUGAACCAGGCCAUCCAGGGGGAUCAAGACGUCUGAUGCAACAGUUCUCUUCAGAGUUGAAACAAGAUGAUCGUGGUCUUUAUCUGCAACACAAUGGCCCUCCUAUUGACUCAAACACCAGCUUCCCUGCUCCGCAUGGUGAAAUUGCUUCUACUCGCAUGGAUCGUGGAACUAUUUUGGGGGUGCACCCUGCAAUACAAGCUCCAUCCAUUGAAUCUGUGUUUCAUCAUGGUAUCUCUUCUAGUGUGCCGAACAGCUUACCCUCUCUGGUGAGAGUUGAAUCAGUUGGCAAUCAGCCUGGCCUUGCUGAGUCUGGGCGAUCACCAGGACAACUGAAAUUUGAUAUUCAAGGCACUACGACUUUUCAUCCUCAUUCACUUCCAGAGUAUCAUAAUGGCUUAACAAAUGGUGUUCAUGUGAAUUCUCUGGGCAUCAUCACUGCAAACAUCAGUCACAGUCAACAAGAAAGAUUUGAUAACUGGCAGUUCCACAGAGUAAGCUCAAAUGGGCACCCAAUUGAACUCAAAGAAGCUGGUGUUUUUCAAUCUACUGGUAAUGGGAGCUGUUCUCUUCCUGGACAUCAUUAUUCAUGGAACAGCUCCCAUCACUCUCAGCCUCCAGGCAUGAUG